AUGGCAACCGACGACGAAACACCACCAUCCGCCCCACAGGCCAGCGAAAACUUGGAGGGACAGUCCAUGACAACCUCCGCAACAGUUCCAGCGCCAACAUCCGCGGAUUCAAGCUCUAAUAAGAGUGAGAACAGCGACAACAACCGCGACAUCAAAGCGGAAGAUGACGUUGACAACGAUUCGGAGGAUUCGGCCACUGAGAUCAACAUCCGCAUGCCCAUGGCAGCACCGGGUGCUCCUCGCCAACCUCGCUCACAACCAUCUAUGUUGCUCAGAGGUAUAGUAGUCUCAAGGACGAGUCCAAUCAAGAGCGAUGAGACAAUGGAUCGACUAAGUGAUGGAGGGAAGAGGAUGCCACCCGGAAAGAGAGCUCGGAGGAAAAACUGCAACCGUAGUUACAGUCGAAGCCUUCACCGAACACCUAAUCCGCCCACCUCCAAUCCAUAUCGACGCUGCCACGGACAACCAGUCCGCACGGCGGCAGUCGAGGUCGACAUCCCGCGUCCAACGCCAACAGCCGCAUCCGAACCUGUCUUGGACAGAAUAGGAGAGUUUGUGCUCCGCUCAAUCGACUCCUAA